GAGCAAGUCAUUUUUCUCGGACUUUCUGCGGACGCUCGGCGUCGUUGAUAACUAUAUUACAGUGCGUUUCGCCGGGAACUCUGAUAUUAAAGUUUUACAUCGAUUAAACUUAGAAGAGUCUCGGGAAAAUGAUCGCAUAUUGCAGGGACGCGGCAGUGGAUGUGCGCGAUAUGUGAGGAUUUUGAUAAAUAACUUAAAAACAGUUUGAUAAAUUCCAUCCGCGCGCUUCAUGUUCGACAGGAUAGGAGGAGGAGGAUCGUUUAAAAUUAGUCAGAUCGUUCAAUAUUUGGAGGAUAUCGACAUAUGGAAACAGGUAGUUGAACAACAGCGGGGUUUUAGUCGAGUGCUGUGAUGGGUAAAGAUUAUUACAGGAUCCUGGGGCUAGAGAAGGGCGCCUCAGAUGAGGAGAUCAAGAAAGCCUACAGAAAACAAGCCUUAAGAUUUCACCCAGACAAAAACAAAUCAGCCGGAGCAGAAGAUAAAUUCAAAGAGAUCGCCGAAGCUUACGAUGUCCUGAGCGAUGCCAAGAAGAAAGACAUCUAUGACAGAUGUGGAGAGGAUGGGCUCAAGGGACACGCCGGAGGUGGCUGCAAUGGCCCUAGCUAUACUUUUCAUGGCGAUCCUCACGCCAUGUUUGCAGAGUUCUUUGGUGGCCGUAGCCCGUUCGAUCAGUUUUUUGCGUCUGCUGGGGGCGCAGAUGAUGACAUGGACAUUGAUGACCCCUUUGCAGCCUUCGGAAUGGGAGGAAUGGGCGGAUUUCCCAGAUCUUUCAAGUCUCGGGUAGGCGGUGUGCACGGGGGCCGAGUAAAGAAGAAAGAUCCGCCAGUAGUGCACGAGCUCAAGGUGAGUCUGGAAGAAGUGUUCUCUGGUUGCACAAAAAAGAUGAAGAUCUCUCGCAAGAGGCUGAACCCGGACGGCUGCACCGUGCGCACCGAAGACAAGAUCCUCACCGUGGACAUCAAGCGUGGCUGGAAGGAGGGAACCAAGAUUACCUUUCCCAAAGAGGGAGACGAGACGCCAACCAACAUCCCUGCCGACAUAGUGUUUGUGGUUAAGGACAAGGUUCACCUGGUUUUUAGGAGAGACGGCUCUGACAUCAUCUACCCUGCAAGGAUAUCCCUCAGAGAGGCUCUAUGCGGCUGCACCAUCAGCGCCCCCACCUUGGACGGUAGAACUGUCACAGUGACAUCACGUGAUGUCAUCAAACCCGGUAUGAAGAAGAGGAUAGUGGGAGAAGGACUGCCACUGUCCAAAUGUCCUGAAAAGAGAGGAGACAUGGUGCUAGAGUUCUCAGUGAAAUUUCCGGACAAGUUGGGACAGAGUGCCCGUGAAUCUCUGGUUCAGAUCCUACCACCUUGAGCGUUGCAACCGCUGGAGGACAGACUCUCAACACACAGAUCCUAUGAUUGGGCCCUUCUGAUUUUCUAGAUAUUAUUGCACCUGAAAGUAUCAGCGGUAAAUACACAAAAGUCAAGCUCAGAGAAACACAAUAGAGCUCCCAACAGAUUAUUUAUACCCGCUUACUUAUAUCGCAAUGCACUUUUAUAGAACACUGUGAAACAUUUCAGAAGUAAUAUAUUGACUUUCACUCAUAGUUUUGCAGUACCUCCAAGUAAAUGCUCCGUCAUCCUCUUGUUUGCUUCUUCAGGUUUCUUUCCCCUUGAACCUUUAUUUUUUCUUUUAUUAAAAUAAUAUUCCAAUUUUAGUCUCUGAGCAGUCAACAUUGUACUUAACAGUAAUAUCAAUGCUGAACAAUAAGGUUUUAUACAUUUCUGAGGAUCUCAAAUAGUAAUUGUAGAAGUGUGUGUGUGUGUGUGAUUGUGGGUGUGUGAAAUCCCAAUGACGGGGCUGCUGGGGAGCCGAGUUUCUUUGCAUAGAGUGAGCCCAGGAAAUUCACAAGGGCUCCUGAGCAUUAUCACAGUGCUUCCAGAGCAUGUUAAAGUGUGGUUACAUUUAAAGUGACGUGACAUGUGGCC